GUAGCCAUGAAUAGCGAAGGACUGACACUCUCCAUUGAGUACCUUGCCAGUACUGGCAUCCUACUGAGCACCGAACAAAAGGCAGCACUUCAGACAUCCCUUGUUAUGCUGCAAAAUGCUCAGAAAUUCCACGAGGUGCACUUCUGGGGUAAGAUUGUUGGAAUCAAGGAAUCGUACUUCAUUGCAUCCGGAAUCGGAAAGGGAAACGAACUCCAGGACCGAAAAUUCCUGUACAGUCUGGACUGCAUGAAGUGGUGCUUGCUACCAAUCCUGGCUGACUCUCGAGCCCAAAUGUGUCGCAGUCUCAGUGGCCGUUUCAUCGGUGACCCGACUUAUGAGUACGAAUAUAUUGAUGUCAAGGUUGUCGGAGAAGGUGAAGAAGCAGAAGAAGAAACCAAUACUGUUUUGGUAAAAGAAGAAGACAGAUUGGCAGCAGUCAUCGAUGAGAUCGACAGAGAAGUCCACAUUGUGCCACGAGGUUCUUACGUGAAAACUGCUACCAGCAAAAUCGUUUCAAACCGCAGUUUCGAGGGAUUGAACAAUCUAGACUGCAAGAAACUUUCCUCUUACUUCCAUUUCAGAAAUACACCUAACACAGACAAGAUCAAACUUCUAGCCAAGGCAACUCUAGACCAAAGCAUAGAUUUUCUGGAGCACAUUGAACACGAUCUGCCGAAAGGUUGCUGGGCACUUCACCCCGAGAGAGGAGGUGGUCUCAUCAUCCUCAAAAGUCUUCUGUGGCUCGGAUACUCCUUCUACCACGUCCCAGGAACAAAGAAGUUUGGCAGUGCUUACUUCGGAACGGGCGAAAAGAACAUUGAUCUCCCCUUCAUGCUGUAAAGCAACUAUUAGAACUCUUUUUGAUAACUUCAAAGCUGGACUUUCAGCUCCGGACAGACUCAGUUCGUUGAAAAGCAAGUUAAAUGGGGCAUGAUAUUUUCUUGUAUUUUGUAUAUAAUAGGCUGCAUUGCUCGAUGAAACGCCUUUGAAAUUUGUAGCGCUUAUAGUGAUGAAUUUGCCCAAACUUGUAAAUAUUUUCAAUGUAAUAUUUGUAAAACAUUCAACAAAAA